AUGAAAACAGGAAACGGUUCAUCGCCAUCGUCACCAUCACGAACUACAGUUGGAAGUACAGAAAUAGCAGAAAUGAUGCAUGCUCAAGAGGUAUCUAAGAGCCGAAGUAACACAAGUCGGAAUCUACAGUCACAACAAAACAGCGACAAUAAUGACGGUACGGCAAUGCUAAUACGUGGGGCAACGGAUGAUGACCGAAGACGAAAACGUUUUCGCCAUCGUGUCAACAAGAAGGGAUUAAAUAGUAGUACUACAGGCAAUAGCGUUUGUCGAACGGUUGGAAAGUUGGAUAUAAAUAACGAAGUAAUACAGCAGGAACAGGUGCAACAGGAAACAACUAUUACAGAUGGAAAGAUGAUGAAAACGCCGAGUGAUUUCAAGGAUGCUUAUUGGUACUAUGAUCCAAAAACUGAUGGAUUUUAUUAUGACUCGAAAGGUUCCCGUGGUUGGCGUCGACGAAAUCCUGCUCAUGAAAAGAAGCAACUUCAUAGAGAUGCAGUAUCCUGUUUGUGGGCUGAUCCAAAUCUUGCAUCAUAUGGUGGAGGCGAUCCAUAUGGAUAUCAGUAUAACAAUCACUUUUCUCCUCAUAUUCAAUAUUAUGAUCCAGAAACUGACGGAUACUAUUUUGAAAUGCCUUCCGUUGAUGGCUGGAAGAAGCGGCAACCACAUUCAAUUAGCAGCACCGGUACGCCAUCGCUAAUGAGUUACAACAGCGGUCGAAUGGUGACGGAUUCAAAUGCCCUUCCUGCAAUAUCUGCACAGUCAACAGUUGCCGAUGCCGUAGAUGUACCACGAACGUCUUACGGCGCUGCUUUAGCUCGAGGACAGUUACCACCAUGCACUGUGAGAAAUAAUAAUGCUAUUACGAGUACUUCCAAAAAUAUAAAUGAAGUAAUGAAAGACACUUUUUCGAAUGCUGAGUUACCGUUUUCAACACUCUCAUCGAACGAUGAUUUUAACGCUGCAUCUUCAAUGUUAUUUGACAAAACCUCAACAAAAUGGGAUAAAAAAGGAAACAGCCAAGGAAACUGUAAUACACAAAAGCCCUUCUCAUAUGCAGACAUUGUGGCUUCAUCAUGUGAUACAACAGCUAAUGUUGAUGAUAUUGAGAACAGCCCUCCUCCUCAACAGAUCGUGGACAGUCCCUAUAAACGACCGGAAACAUUGGAAUUACAUAGUUUUGCGGGAGAGAACGAUGUUGCUUCAUUAACAAAUGAAAAGGACACAAAACGAACUGGGCUGACUAAUUUUAAUGCAGAUAAAUUCAUCGCUGACCUUCCCUUCAAUAGCACUGAUCGAAUAUUGAGAGAUUUAGCAGCACUGAAAACACCAUGUUCAGCACCAGUUUGCAGUAUGGAUUCUCCUCACACACCAUCAUCUGUCAUAAAAGGGUUGUAUUCACCGUUAGGAAUUCCAAACCAGGACAUUGAUGCUUACAAUGCUUUCUGCGAUAUGGAAUUAGUGUUGAGUCAGAUUUUAAGUUGUGCUGACGAGAAGGAAUGGGUACCAGAGAGAGCCUCAGCAGGGACAUCGAAAUUAAAUUUUUGGCGUAAUUCUGGUCUGGUUGCUGGAGUCGCUGGUGUUUCAUGUGACAAUGUGUGA